UAAGGUCCGGAGGUUCUGGCCAAGGUCCGGGAAGAGGUCGCCGAUGAGGACAAGAGGUACGCGCGCGCGUUAUGCGGUACCGCGCUCGGGCCACCAUGGUCCCGCACAUUGCGGCGGUCGACUUUCUGUUGACUGAGACGUACAGAGUCCCAAGGGUUAUCACUGGUGGUAUGAAGGUGAAAGCCGAUAGAGAUGAGUCUUCCCCAUACGCAGCUAUGCUUGCAGCACAGGAUGUUUCUACAAGAUGCAAGGAAUUGGGUACCGCUGCUCUUCACAUUAAGCUGCGGGCAACUGGUGGCAACAAAACUAAGACACCUGGCCCUGGUGCCCAGUCUGCGCUCCGUGCUCUUGCUCGUUCUGGAAUGAGAAUUGGUCGUAUAGGUAACUUUUCAAAUUUUUAAAAUUGAUACUUACUUUUUAUGCAUCAGUUGUACAUGCUUUAUUUAAAAUUUUUAUGAAAGCAGAUUAUUCCUAAAUAGCUGAAAAGCUUAUAACUGAUGUCUAGUCUUUCGUGGGUGCAAAAUAUAGUGGUCAGUUUUUGAGUGUACAGAUUGCUGUGACAUGAUACAUAUACAAGGGAAACAGGGGAA